AUGCAAGAUGCAAAGACUGUUCAAACUCCUCUUGGAGCCCAUCUGAAGCUUUCACAUGAGCAGAGUCCACAGACUGAAAAAGAGAAGUUUAUGAGCAAUCCAGGAAAGUCUCACUGGAUGGCUCUAAAAUGGAUUAUGAGAUACUUGAAUGGAACCAAAUCAGUGGGCAUUGUGUUUAAGCGAAAUCAAAGUUAUAAUAAUUGUAUUGAGGGUUUUGCUGAUGCAGAUUAUGCAGGGGAUAUGGAUAGGAGGAAGUCAACCUUUGGUUUUGUAUUUACUUUGUGGGGAAAUACUGUUAGUUCUAAAUCCAAACUACAACAUAUGGUUACCCUGUCCUCAACAGAGUCAGAGUAUGUGGUAUUGACAGAGGUAGCAAAGGAAGCUACCUGGUUGAAAGGUCUUGUAAAUGAGUUGGGUAUUGAGCAACAAACAGUGAAGAUAAACAGUGAUAGCUAG